UUCCGUAUAGAGUCAUCCUCUGAAAAGACCUCUACUCCUUCAGCCAACGUAAAAGAAUAAAGCUCCGAGAGCUCGGAGAGUGCAAAGCACCGUCAUAGCGCAUGCGUUGCCGCUGAAAUUGCAUGCGUUUUCCUCGCCAUUAAAACUUUCAGCGAUUCUUACAGAUUGUCCGCGGAAAAUCGUCGCGAAUAGAUGCAAAUUACGCACGCGAGGGUCCGCGAUUGAUUCUCGCAGGACACGCUCGUGUCCGCCAGUCGUCGAGAAUAUUCGCAUUGCGUCUAUAUUCUAUAUAAAAGUAAAUUACAAACCAAAAGUUCUGAGAGUGAUGUCGGAAGACCUUAUGCUAUUUCAAAAUCACAAUUAUAAGGCUGAUACCGAGUAUGUGGUGAAGGUGGCAAAGACUUUAUUAACACCUGUCGGCAUUUGGCCGCUCUAUCGAGGCAACUCGAAGUCCGACAAGAUCAAGAAUUUUUUCCAAACAAGCGUGAUAUUCGGUCUGAUGUGCUUUUUGCUCGUCCCACACGUCAUAUACACCUUCUUCGACGCGGAGGAUCUGAUUAGAUACAUGAAGGUCAUAGCCGCCCAGGUGUUCAGCCUGCUUGCCAUUAUUAAAUUCUGGACGAUGAUCAUCAACAGGGAUGGGAUCAGAUACUGCCUGCAGCAAAUGGAGAUUCAAUAUAAGAACGUGGAGUGCGAGGAGGAUCGGCUGGUGAUGACGAAGAGCGCCAAGAUCGGCAGAUUUUUCACGGUGACAUACUUGGGAUUAUCGUACGGCGGCGCGUUGCCUUAUCACAUAAUCAUGCCGCUGCUAGCUGACAGAAUCGUCAAGGAAGACAAUACGACACAAAUACCAUUGCCUUACCUCAGUGAUUACGUCUUCUUCGUGGUGGAGGACUCGCCGCUGUAUGAGAUUCUCUUCGUCUCGCAAAUCCUGAUCAGCAGUAUUAUCCUUUCCACGAACUGCGGCGUUUAUAGCUUAAUCUCCAGCUGUGUGAUGCACAGUUGCUGCUUGUUCGAAGUCGUACGUAGACAGAUGGAAACAGUUCUCAAAGAUGGGACCAGCGAUCUUCACAGGCGACUCGGGAAAGUAAUCAAGCACCACAUGCAAGCCAUCAAAUUCGCAGAAAUGAUUGAGAAAUCACUAAACAUUGUCUUUUUAUGCGAAAUGGUUGGAUGCACUAUUAUUAUAUGCUUUCUGGAAAUAGGAGUUCUUAAGGAAUGGGAAGACGGAAAGAUUUUAGAGAUGGGUACAUAUUUUGUUUUAAUGACAUCAAUAUUUGUGAACGUUUAUAUUAUAUCAACUAUCGGUGAUCGUCUUAAAGAAGAGAGCGAGAAGGUAGGAGAAUCGUCGUACUCUAUCAAGUGGUAUAAUUUGUCACCAGAAAUCGUAAGGAAUUUAAUUCUGGUGAUGCUCAGAUCAAAUCGCCCGUCAACCUUGACAGCCGCAAAAAUAUUUGAUCUUUCCCUUCAAGGAUUCUGUCAGGUUUGCAAAACCUCAGCGGCGUAUUUCAAUUUUAUACGAACAGUAACCACAUAAGUUCUUAAGCAUUGAAUAUCCCGCAUUAUUAUAUAUCUAUGUAUAAGAAAUAUUGACCUAUACCGUCACAUACUCUUUUUGUUUAACAUCAAUGAAACAGUCACUUAUCUGUCAAACAAUAAAUUAUAUUACUAACAGUUA